AGGCCUAGAAAACUGCUUACCGGAAAAGCCACCGUCCAAAUCCGCCCUUUGAACGACUCCAUAGACGAUUUCCGGUUUUCCAUCGACGCAACUGGUUUUUCCGGCGGCAAUUUCUGCUUUUCUCUCGAAGAAAGAGCCGGUUUUGCAGUUUCACGCCGGACUCAUAUUUUUUUAGUACAUCUCACCGAACAGAAGGAAACUCCAUUUGGGCCUCUACAGAAAACCAGGUGAGGAUUGAAUUCAAGAUAAGAUGCUCGCUGUAAGGGGUCCUUCAGCUCCAUAUGGUGCGAUUCAAGUAUCAGGCCAUAAAGAGGGCCCUCCUUUGAAUGGCAAACAGCGCACUUCUAGCUUGGAAGCACCAAUUAUGCUGUUGUCGGGCCAUCAGAGUGCUAUAUACACUAUGAAAUUCAACCCUACUGGAACAGUUAUUGCCUCGGGUUCCCAUGACAAAGACAUAUUCCUGUGGAAUGUUCAGGGAGAAUGCAAGAACUUCUUGGUCUUGAAGGGCCACAAGAAUGCAAUUCUGGACCUCCAGUGGACUACAGAUGGUACCCAGAUCAUAUCAGCCAGCCCCGACAAGACACUGAGGGCUUGGGAUGUGGAAGUGGGGAAGCAGGUUAAGAAGAUGUCUGAGCACUCCUCGUUCGUAAACGCGUGCUGUCCCGCCCGACGGGGCCCUCCCCUUGUGGUCAGCGGAUCUGAUGAUGGGACUGCCAAGCUGUGGGACCUACGCCAGCGUGGGGCUGUUCAAACCUUCCCCGACAAGUACCAAAUCACCGCCGUCAGUUUCGCUGAUGCCUCGGACAAAAUAUACACAGGAGGGAUAGACAAUGAUGUUAAGGUUUGGGACCUACGGAGGGGUGAGGUCACCAUGAAUCUCCAGGGGCAUUCAGAUAUGAUAACAGGGAUGCAGUUGAGCCCUGAUGGUUCUUAUCUUCUCACCAAUGCCAUGGAUUGCUCUCUCAGGAUAUGGGAUAUGAGGCCAUAUGCUCCUCAAAAUAGGUGUGUGAAGAUAUUCUCUGGGCACCAACACAACUUUGAGAAGAACUUGCUGAAAUGUGGUUGGGCUCCAGAUGGGAGCAAGGUCACAGCAGGGAGCUCAGAUUACAUGGUGUAUAUAUGGGACACCACUUCACGACGCAUAGUGUACAAACUCCCCGGCCACAAUGGUUCAGUCAAUGAAUGUGUUUUCCACCCGACUGAGCCAGUCAUUGGUUCUUGUGGUAGUGAUAAGAAGAUAUAUUUGGGCGAGAUUGAGCCAGGUCCUUCGUAUCAGCCACCCAAGUAAGUGUUUGUGAAAAAAGGCACGGAAAGAACCUUAUAGUGAGUUGGUCUCCCUUGUUUGUUAGGGCUGAUUCCAUUUCAUUGCGGAUGGAAAUUUUGUUUCCUAUCUUAAAGGCUCAUAGGAAUGCAAAGUUUGUUUGGCUUGCAUCUCUCUCUCCCCUGUUUGUCAUAGAUGAUCCCUUUCGAUUGCAGAUGGAAAUUUUGUUUCCUAUCUCGAGGUUCAUAUAGUGCAAAGUUUGUAUGGCU